CCCAGGCCUUGGCCCGCGGCGGCUCGAGCUCUGCUGUUUCCCUGAGACGUGGGCUGGGCGCGGAGGCGGAGAAGGGCUGAGUCCCCGGGGGAGACCGGGCUGCGACCCAGGCCUGAUUUCGCCCUUAAUUCGGUUCCUGGAUUCCUGCGUGUUAAGGAAUAUCACUUUCUCAGCGUGUUGGGUUUUCUGUCCAUAUGCUGAGGAGUGUAGGAGAGUUGGGGGUGCACCUAGAAUGUUCUAGUCUCCAGGACAACGUCUUUGUUCUUGUUUUGUUUGUGGGAGAUACGGUCUCACGAAGUCAGUCGGUACUUCAGGCUGGAGAGUCUCCUGUCUCAGCCUCCCGAGUGCUGGGAUUACAAAGGUGGGCCACCAUGCUGGGCUUCCAGGACGUCUUGAUCUGCAGGUGCCCCGAGUUUACAUGGGGGAAGCUCACCUGCGCCUCUGCCGAUUUGAGUUGCUGUUUGAGGCCACCAGAAAACUGUCCACUGUGAUCCUGCAAGUGUGUCCCUGUGUGCCAGGGAGGUGCUGGCUUGCGGCGGGGCAGCAUGACGAGUGAGGUGAUCGAGGACGAGCAGCAGUUCUACUCGAAGGCCGAGUCCUACUGGAAGCAGAUCCCGCCCACGGUGGACGGCAUGCUGGGCGGGUACGGCCACAUCUCCAGCAUCGACCUCAGCAGCUCCCGGAAGUUCUUGCAGAGGUUCCUGCGGGAAGGCCCGAACAAGCCAGGCACUUCCUGCGCCCUGGACUGCGGCGCUGGCAUCGGGCGGAUCACCAAGCGUCUGCUGCUGCCGCUCUUCGAGGUGGUGGACAUGGUGGACGUCACGGAGGACUUCCUGGCUAAGGCCAAGACCUACCUGGGGGAGGAGGGCAGGAGAGUGAGGAACUACUUCUGCUGCGGCCUGCAGGACUUCAGCCCCGAGCCCGGCUCCUACGACGUCAUCUGGAUCCAGUGGGUGAUAGGCCACCUGACUGACCAGCACCUGGCCGAGUUCCUGCAGCGCUGCAAGCGUGGCCUGCGCCCCAACGGCCUCAUCAUCAUCAAGGACAACAUGGCGCAGGAGGGUGUGAUCCUGGACGACGUGGACAGCAGCGUGUGCCGCGACCUGCAGGUGGUCCGCAGGAUCGUGCGCAGUGCGGGCCUCAGCCUCCUGGCCGAGGAGCGGCAGGAGAACCUCCCGGACGAGAUCUACCAUGUGUACAGCCUGGCGCUGAGAUGAGGCGGCUGGGG